AUGGCGUCAUCGGACACCGGCCGCACGCCGGCGCAAGGCGCGGAAGCCGCCUCCGCCUCCGCCUCCCCCUGGCCUCUCCGCAAGCUCCAGAGCUUUGCGCCAGGGCUGUGGUCACAGUACAAAGCCUACGAGGAUGUGUUUGUCGAGAGGGCUAAAGUUACUAUUUCGGAUGCACUGGUUCUUGCGAGCAAGCAUCAAGCGGAGGCAAUUGGAUGUGCCACUGUCGCAGGGUUCAUCUUGUUCAGAGGAGCUAACAGGUCAGAUCAUCGGAUAUAUUUCGCUUUUAGAGUUGAUGUCGCAAAACCUGUGAAUUUGAUGCAUGCUCGCUCAUGUCUAUUCCGGGUUAAUGGCCCUCGGAGAUUUUUAUACCGCAAUACUCUGGGUCGUUUUAAAACUGAGAAGGAUUUACUGAAUGAUGUUGAACAAAGUAUGAUCGAAUACAAAACAUCUAUUGAGAGCUUGAGAAAGGAUUCCAAAUACACCCUGGACAAAGUAGUCAUUGGUGAAAGUGAUCUGCAGCGUGGCCGAACUGAUUUGAGAUCUACUGGUAAGCAAAUCCAGUCCGUUAUAAGAUCUAUUUACAAAGCAGAAUCCACAGCUGCAGGUUUGAUGGAUCAACUAAGAAUUAUUCCUACAAGACAGUCUCUUGAAUUGCGAGCAGAGGUGGCUUCCAUGGCCUCUGGUUUGAAAAACCGGAGACAUGUCCUGGAAGAAAGGGUGAACCGUAUAUCUGAAUACGGUGUCCGCGUCUGA